AUAAAAAAUCACCAUUUCCAUUCCCUUUUUCUUCUCUACCAAAAUCCCCAAAAAGCCUUUCACCUUUAUUUCAAAAAAAGAAAAAAAAAACAUCAUGGUACGUAUCAGCAACAACCUAGUAGGAAUCCUAAACUUCAUAACAUUCCUCUUAUCAAUCCCAAUCUUAGCCGGCGGCGUGUGGCUGUCACGCCAAGGCACAUCAGAAUGUGAGCGUUUCUUAGACCGUCCAUUAAUCGCACUGGGUGUCUUUCUCAUGAUCGUCUCAUUAGCAGGCUUAAUCGGCGCGUGUUGUCGCGUGUCAUGGCUACUAUGGGUUUACCUACUGGUCAUGUUUUUACUGAUCCUGUUACUGUUUUGUUUUACCAUAUUUGCAUUUGUUGUGACAAAUAAAGGCGCGGGUGAAAAAGUAUCUGGAAAAGGGUAUAAGGAAUAUAGGCUUGGAGAUUAUUCUGAUUGGUUGAGAAAAAGAGUGGAGAGUGAGAAGAAUUGGAAAAAGAUAAGGAGUUGUUUGGUUGAUAGUAAAGUUUGUAAGAGUUUGAUUGAUGAUAAUGGGAUUACUCCUCGUGAUGAAUUUUAUAACAGACAUCUUUCUUCUAUUCAGUCUGGUUGCUGCAAACCUUCAACUGAUUGCAAUUUCACCUACGUGACCCCGACUAACUGGACCAAGACCCCCACAACAUCCACCAAUCCUGAUUGUAAUGCUUGGGAGAAUGAUCAGAAUAUCCUCUGCUACAACUGCCAAUCAUGCAAGGCUGGACUGCUCGAUAACAUAAAGAGUGAUUGGAAAAAAGUUGCUGUCCUCAACGUCAUCUUUCUCGUCUUCCUCAUCAUUGUUUACUCCAUUGGUUGUUGUGCGUUCAGGAACAACCGUCAUGACAACUCAUGGAAACGCUACCCUUAGAGAUUUGAUUAAUACGUGAUUAUGUCCUUUAUACUUUGGUAUUGAUUACAUAUUUUUCGGUAUUGUUUUUCUAAGCUAAAAUGGUCGAAUCUGUAGCAAUGGAUUACAUUGCUAUGUGAUGGGUUGUUUUGGCUAUGUUUAGGUGUAUAUACUUUUAUUGAGAUGUUGGCUGUGAUUUGUUUAGAGGAUUUGGUAUUAUAUAUGUUCCUUUAUUUAUUCUAAAAUUAUUACUAUAUUUUAUCCUCA